UUUCACAAAUAAUAUUGCAUUCACCAUUAUAAUUGAAUUGUAGUGUUUUUUGCAGUAGGUCAUGUCCCUAGCAAUGGGAUAUGCAGCAGCCUAAUCCAGAGGCAGUUUUGGCAAAAUGAGUUUUCCUUUCCAGAGCUAAGUAUCCGUCAGUGGAAAAUAAUCAGACAGAUGGUUUACUCUGAGAGAAUAUUUAAUAACCAAGAAAAAGAGAGAAGAGCUCUGAUCACUGACUUCCUCUGGAGUAAAAUUCCCUAUGCUCAGGGUUUUGCAAUAGCUGAUAUCCUCCUUUGAUUGUAGGUGCAGCCUCAGGAAAGGAAAUUAUUUUCUAAUUUUUCUCCGCUUUAUCAAAGGCUUCUCUUCUUCGUGACAAAAGUAUAAUAGAUGCAGACUCUGAACCAAGGUGUCAGGGAUGUCUUCUGCUUAAAAUACAGAACUCUCUGAUGCAGCAUCAGAAAAAUCUUGCAAAUAAUUUAAUUAGCUGUUCUUUUACCUAUACUACUAACAAAUUAAACAUGUAAUAUUAGGAGUGGCCUUUAAUCUGCUGGCAUUCAGGAGAUGUUUUAGGGCAAAUCAAAUUGUCUGCUUAGUCCAGUUUACAGCAGCAGGCACUGACUCAAACCCUGACAAAGUGCACUGCUGCACAGCAUCCUGAAACAAGCACUGAGAGGUCCCACAAAACCCCUUCCAUUUCAUUUCUGUGGUUUAGAGAAAUUAGUAUGUACUUUCCCCUCAGUGUUAGGACCUCUAUUCAUCUUCAGAAUGAAGAGUUCUCUAAGCUGUUAAUGUAGCUCAGGCUCUUCACGGUGUAUUCAACCAAAAUGCAGCCAUUAAGCUUCCCUUUAAAACACUCUCCCAAUCCAAGAGCCCUGGCAUAGCACUGUAAUUAUAAACUGCAAGUUCCAAAAUUAGCAGGUGAUAAAGGUGAAAAGGAUAGAAACAUAACACACCCAUGAUUAAUCAUUUGUUGAGUGAGGUUCUAACAUGGAUGGGAAAACUAACAAGCACUUUAAGCAAAUUGUUGGUAUCCUGCUGGCUCUUCCCGCCGUGUUCCUCCCCUGCGCCCUCAGCGAUGCUCUGCCCCUCCCCUCAGCUCUCCUGUAUAAACCUCUCUCCCCCGACCCUGCUCGGAGUUUUCUCGUCCCUGCCACCGCUUCGAGGAGGACACUAAUAAACCUGCUCUUCGGAACACCACGCGAGGCUCCCGUCCCUUCCUUCGCCGGUCGCCGAUCUCUAGAAGAGCUCAGUCACUUUGGCCCGGGGGCGAGGACGCUGCCGGUGCCACCGGGACGUCUUUCGAGACGCUUCUCCGGGAGGUGGCAGCGCUCCGCCAUCGCUCCGCCGCGACAAUCGGCUGCCCGAGCAGGGAUCGGCAGCGGUUCCUGGAGAAGCGUCUCCUGCGAGCUGCGGCUGCAGGACACGAGCCGCUUUCGGGUUUUGCUGCUCCCCGAGGAGGGCUGCUCGCGUUUUAGCGAGAGCCAUCUGAGGGACGACCGGCACCUUCUCUGGACCAUCGCGGGGCCGCUUUUGAAGACCGGUCGACGGCUGAGCAGCUCUCCUGCAGGCUUUGGUUACACGAGCGGGUUUGGAGCAGCCCGAAUAAAGAGCGGUCGAUCGGCACUGGGAGGUGGCAGCGCUCCGCCAUCGCUCCGCCGCGACAAAAUACAGCAAUAUAUCCUGGGAAAAGUUCAUGGAUGGGAUGGAGGCCUUUUCCUAAUGCAGAGGGUGACAUUGAGACAUUCAGAAAGGCAAAGUGAAGCACCUUGAACUGCUGGGUACUUACCUGCUGUUGAAUAUCCUGCACUGUUCCAUGAAGUAUUUAUUCAAGUCAGUGACUUCUGCUGAAAACUGGAAAUGAAAUAACAACUCCUCUUUCUUCUAAUACUCUACAGAAAAACACAG